GUAUAUAAGAACAUUCCAGAGACUGCCUCCAAGUAACCCUUCCUCUGCUUGCAAGGUUUUCCAGACGUCCUGGAUAGAUAACGCUGCCAGUGGAAUGUAGGCUGGUUCAAGGCCACAGUUACUGCUGCUCUUUGCAGCAAAAAUAUCUUCCCCCAGAAAUCUCUAUUUAGUCUAAAAUAGGUGGUAUUUUUCCAAGUACUGUCCUCCAUGGUCUCUCCAAUGCUGUUUCUCAGUUGGGGAGCCUUCCUCAGUGCUUAUUUCUGUGUUAGAGGUGCCAUUUUAAAACAAUCAGAAUCCAAAGAAGCAUGGGGAUAUGUACAAGUUAGAAAUAAUGCACACAUGUUCUGGUGGUUGUACUAUGCAAGCAACCCUACCAAAAACUUCACAGAACUACCUCUCAUCAUGUGGCUGCAGGGAGGUCCAGGAGCUUCAGGCUGUGGAUUUGGGAACUUUGAAGAAAUUGGUCCCUUAAAUACCGAACUGAAACCAAGAAACACAACCUGGUUGCAGGCAGCCAGCAUACUGUUUGUCGAUAACCCUGUUGGCUCUGGAUUCAGUUAUGCAAACGACAGCAGUGCAUUUGCAAAAGAUGUCGCCACUGUCGCUUCUGAUAUGCUGGUGCUUCUUAAAGAAUUCUUCAAGAAUAAGACAGAAUUCCAGACUCUUCCAUUCUACAUCUUCUCAGAAUCAUAUGGAGGCAAAAUGACAGCUGCCAUUGCCUUAGAGCUGCAUAAGGCAAUUCAUGCUGGAAGCAUAAAGUGCAAUUUCAGUGGUGCUGCCCUGGGGGAUUCCUGGAUUUCUCCCUUAGAUUCGGUACUCUCCUGGGGACCUUACCUUUACAGCACUUCUCUUCUUGAUGAUAAGGGCCUCACAGAAGUCACUGCUGCUGCCAAAGAAGUCAUGGAUGCAGUGAAUAAAAAGGAUUAUGCACUAGCAACUCAACUCUGGAGUAAGACUGAAGAGUUAAUUGAACAGAACACAGACGGUGUGAACUUCUAUAACAUCCUGACCAAGCGGGCUCCCACUCUCAAGGAACCAGAACAUGAAGCCAUCUAUCUUAUGAGGCUCUACCAACGCCAUGUUGAGCACCUUCACAAGGACCAGUUAAGUGACCUGAUGAAUGGGCCCAUCCGAAAGAAGCUGAAAAUCAUUCCGGACUCUGUCAAGUGGGGAGCGCAGUCAGAAGAAGUGUUCAUGAACAUGGCUGGGGAUUUCAUGAAGCCUGUUAUUGACAUCGUGGACCAGCUGCUGGUGGCCAACGUCAAUGUUACCAUCUACAAUGGGCAGCUGGAUCUUAUUGUCGACACUAUGGGCCAAGAGGCGUGGGUCCGGAAGCUGAAAUGGCCUAAGCUGGAGCAGUUCAGCCAGCAGAAAUGGAAGGCUCUGUACAUAUGCCCAGAAUCCACCGAGACAGCUGCUUUCUAUAAGUCCUAUGAGAACUUGGCUUUCUACUGGAUUCUAAGGGCUGGACACAUGGUACCAGCUGAUCAAGGGGAAAUGGCACUGAAAAUGGUUAGGAUGGUGACGCAACAAAAACACCGAUGAAAAUGGAGGCCAGCUGGCCUGGCUGAUGUGCAGAACUCCUGUGCUUUAGUGGACCUUGGGCCACAGAAUGAACUGCAGAACAAACGAUCAGUAUUUGGAAGUAUAGCCUUUCUAAUUUGGUAAUAAGCAAAUCAUUGAAAGAAAUGCGUGGUUAUUAACUGAAGUUUUGCCUUUGACUUUGCAAACUGAUUCUUUGCCUCAGUACUGCUUAUUACGACUCUUUUAUUGGGAUCUUCUCUGAUAAAUACUUUACUCAGAGCUGCUUCCUGUUGUACCAGAGGGUUUUAUAUCUUUUAUAAAAUGUUAGGAUUGCUCAAAUAUUCUUUGCCUGUUUAUGCGCCAAUAUCAAGGCUAAUUUGCUGCUUUAAAAAACCAGUCUAGGUGAGCAAACCUGCUGCUUAUAGCUAUCGAUUUUUUUUUUUUCUUUUUUUAUAAAGGUUUUGAGUCCUCAAUCAUCAGGUGGCAUAAUUUUUAUCUUAAAGUUGCAGACCUGCUGUAAUCUGGCUUGAUUUUAAGCCCAGAACCAGUAUGGGGGCUUCUGUGCAAGUGGCAGUGGCAGGUAGAGAGGGAGGGCGGGGAGGGAAAGAGUUGUACUGUGCCUGUCUUUCUGAUUUUUGAUGAUUUUUUUAAUGGUACAUUACCCAAGAUUUGUUUAAAAAUAUUUUAGUAGCAAGCAACAUCCCUCCAAAUGUUUAUUCCUAAAUAAACUGCAAGCAGUGUCUUUACAUGAGCAACCAGAACCUUUUUCAUAAGAUGUUUAAUAGUGUUGGCUUAGCCAGAAUGGCAGCGUAAUACUGUGCAACACGGACGCAAGAACACUGCUGCUAAUAAUUCAGCCCCCACUUCUGCUUCUCCAGCUGAACCAGGCUGGAGUAAGCUUCAACAACUCAUAGCGAGAUGCUUUUUUCCAGGAAAUGCACUUUCCGGGUAAUCCAGUUUUAUUGUCUGCCUAGGAGCUUGAACCUCUAUUUUUGGCUUUGGGGAAUAAAGCUGUCGGUGUUGAACAAUGAACCCUGCCUCAGCAAUGAAGCCACGCUGUGCCAGCGUCCUGCUCAAGGCAGGUUUUAAUAUGGUUUUUAAAGUCCAAUAAAAGCCUAGAAUGGAUGAUAACCCUUUCUGCUUUAAGGAAACAUUGCUGCCUGGGGAUUACUGUGUUCCUGUGCUUUAUGAGCAGUAGCUAAAAGCAGCAAGUUCCUUCCCCUGUGGCCCAGUGCGAAGGAAGUGUAGGUGGUAAGAGGUAAGAAUUAACCUGGAAUAAGCAACUUAAAGGAGCAGCUGGCUACAGUUUGUAGGCAGUCUGUCUUGCUUUCUCUGUAGGCAGUCCCUUCUCACUUUGGAGGUGUCAGUAAGGCAGGCUGACUUGGCAGCACCUGAAGCUUGAGGAGACUAACUUCCUCCUUUAACGACCUGCCGGUGGUUUAGCAAUGACAGAAGAGAAUUGCUCAAUGGCUUCUGUCCCUAGAGUUCUUCCAUGUUCACAGCGCUCUCUAUUCCUGCCUUGCCCUUUUGUUCUGAAAAGCUACAAGCCAAGUCUAACUAGCUGGGCUGUGUAGUCUAAGUACCUGCUUAUAUUGGUGAAAAAUAUAUGUGCCCGUGGAGCAGUCAUUAGGGCUUAUAAACUGCAUCCAUCCAUAGGCUGAACACCAGUCAAAAUUGCAAAUCCUACACCACUGAGGAACCCACCUUCAUUUUAUUUUAUUACUCACCAAUCUUGGCUGACUGUGGUGAUGGUGGAGGUAGGUUUGCUUCCUCACAGGUGCUGUAGAAAACCUGGUAAAAAUGAUUAGGCCUCAAGUCCUUGCAAGGCACCUCAUUAGUGGUGGUAUGCUGCACCUGUUUUGAGUGUAUGCUGCACAGCUCUUCCAGGUAAGAGCAGCUGCUUGGAAAAUACAUUAAAAACAAAUGGUCUUAAGUGAG